AUGCUUCAUUCAAAUAUUAAUAAUUUUGGAAGUAACUCAUGGCUUUUUUCCCCCCCCGCCCAGUCUCACACAAUUCUACUUGUUCAGCCCACCAAGAGGCCAGAAGGCAGAACAUAUGCUGAUUAUGAAUCAGUGAAUGAGUGCAUGGAAGGAGUCUGUAAAAUGUAUGAAGAGCAUCUGAAGAGAAUGAAUCCCAACAGUCCAUCCAUUACAUACGAUAUCAGCCAGUUGUUUGACUUUAUUGAUGAUUUGGCAGACCUCAGCUGUCUGGUUUACCGUGCUGACACUCAGACAUACCAACCAUACAAUAAAGACUGGAUAAAGGAGAAGAUCUAUGUCCUCCUCCGCAGGCAGGCCCAGCAAGCAAGCAAAUAAUGGCAGCACCAUCAUUAAAUUGGGUUUGGGGGAGGGCUUGGACAACAGGCGUGUACAGAGUGUAGUAGUGAAAGUUUUGUAUUAUAGUCGUCCUGUUGCCAUCUUGUUAAACUCUUUAGCCAGGACUGAAUGUAUUGUUAGAGAUGCAAGGAUUUUGUUGGAUUUGAAAACUUUUUUUUGGUGUAAAUGGAGAAGAAAGCGCAACAUCUUUGGCAGAGAUUUAACGUGUUUUUUUCCUUGGGCUAGCUGAUAAUCCUACCUUAUUCAAACCCCUGGGGCUGCUCACAUCUUCACCACAUUCACUGUAUGUGCCCUUCUGUGGGGUUUCCAACAUUUAGUUUAUGUCCUUGAGACUGUCUUAAUGGGGAAUAAAAAAAUAUCCUUUAGUUAAACUUGA